AUGGCCGAAUCCCAGUCUGAUAACCUCACGUCAAAGCUAGCGUCGCUCCAUCUCAGGAACCAGGGCACGGCCGACGAGCGCGGCGUGGACGAUCCGGCGAAGCCCGUCGGGACGUCCUCCGCGCGGCUGAAGCGAUCGCAGCUCCAGGACGACACGAGGCCUGAGAGUUCACCAGCAGAGACGGACUUAUCGGAGCGAGCCAUGGACCAAAGUGACUGUGGAGCUCCGUCCGACCUCUCCUCAGUUCAUCUAAACGGUGUCAGGACGUCCUCAGAAGACAAAGACGGAGAUUUCCCCCUCAGUGAAACCCCCACGGCGCUGGCGGCGUGUAACGUGUGCACGUGUGAGUCUGAGCUGUCAGAGGCCGACUGGUACUGGGGCCACGUCUCCAGGGAGGAGGUGAAUGAAAUAAUGCGAAACACACCUGACGGCACAUUCCUCGUUCGAGAUGCUUCAAGUGGAGUUGAAGGGGAAUAUACUCUCACACUGAGAAAAGACGGCACCAACAGGCUCAUAAAGAUCUUUCAGCGCGAGGGAAAAUACGGCUUCUCCGAGCCCCUGGGCUUCUCCUCCGUCAUGGACCUGAUCCACUACUACCACCACAAGUCCCUGGCCCAGUACAACUCCAAACUGGACACUCGGCUGCUCUACCCCGUGUCCAGAUACCAGCAGGUUCUGAUGGAGGUCGACAUAAAUGAAGUUGGGGAACAGCUCAGGAUGUUUCAGGAUCGAUACCAACAGAAGAGCAAAGAGUACGACAACCUGCUCAAGGAGUUCAACCAGACGUCUCAGGAGCUGCAGAGUAAGAGGACGGCCAUCGAGGCGUUCAGUGAAAUCAUUCGGAUCUUCGAGGAGGAGUGCGAGACCCACGAGCGCUACAGCAAAGAAUACAUCGACAUGUUUCUGUCGCUGAGCAGCGCAGAGAGGGUCCAGAGCGACUCCGAGGGCCUCCAGCUGAAGGUGGAGGAGAUCCACAGCAGUAAGAAGCGACUGGAGGACGAGCUCCAGACGAAGGCUCGGGCCAAUUCAGAGGUCGACCAAAAAAUGAACAGCCUCAGACCGGACCUGGUCCAGCUCAGGAAAAUCAGGGACCAGUAUCUGCUAUGGCUGAUGCAACAAGGCACAAAGCAAAGUCAGAUCAACGAGUGGCUCGGCCUCCAGAACGAUGAAGAGGACCCGUACACGCUGGCGGACGACCCGGACCCGGAGGAGAGCAGCUGGUACGUGGGCGCCAUGAGGAGGAAGGAGGCCGAGGAGCUGCUGAGGGGGAAACGCGACGGCACCUUCCUCAUCCGGGACAGCCAGAGCCAAAAGGGAUCGUACGCCUGCUCCGUAGUAGCGGACGGCGCCGUGAAGCACUGUGUCAUCUACAGGACGUCCGGCGGCUUUGGCUUCGCCGAGCCCUUCAACAUGUACCCCUCCCUCAGAGAGCUGGUCCUGCACUACCGGCACACCUCACUCAUCCAGCACAACCAGCAGCUGAAUGUGACCCUGUCCUGGCCCGCCCUCAGCCCGCAGCCCAGCUAA